CAGCGAGCCUUUCCUCCAAUCCCUAAUCCCAUCUCUCUCUCUCUCUCUCUCCUCCGCUCUUCUUAAAUGGAUCAUCAAUGUGUUUAAAUCCGAUUUAGAUUUCUUUGUUUUUUUUUUCUGGGGUCUGAACUGAAAUACAUCAACGUUUGGGAGAAGAGAUGGAGACAGGAAUGGAGGCAGGGAAGAGGGAAGUGGUGAAAGGAGGCGUGGAAUUGCCCAUUGGGUAUAGAUUUCGUCCGACAGAUGAGGAGCUAAUCGUCCAUUACUUGCUCCGAAAGGCCUUUGCUUUUCCUUUGCCUGCUUCUGUCAUCCCUGUUUUCGACGUAUUCUCCUCUCACCCUCGAAAUUUCACAGGCGAGGGGAAGGAGAAGGACAGGUACUUCUUUUGCCGGAAGACAAAGCAGCACUUGAGCAACAGAUUGUCAGCCUGUGAAGGCUACUGGAAAGCUACUGGCGUAGAGAGACAGAUCACUGCUUCUGGUAAAACGGUGGGAAUGAGGAGGACUCUUGCAUUCUUCGAAUCGGACAAGUCUCCGAUUAACUGCAACAAAACCAGAUGGGUCAUGAGAGAGUAUUGCCUUGUGGGCUCUGCAUCAGCAAUAGCAAAGAUGUUUGGUAUGGGGAGUGGAGAGUGGGCAGUGUACAGUGUGUUUCAGAGAAGGAGAUCAAAGGCCGUAAGGAGCAGAGAGAGAGAUGGCCAUGUUAGUUGCAUCGACUUCACACUUGAAUCCGCCGGUGAAAUCCCUCCUCCUCCUCCGAGUUCAGCUGGGGCCGUCAUCUUAACCCUAACCUAAUCAGAUGUCCGAGGGGAACAGAGAAAGGACAAGACAGGGGAGAUCCAACUGAGAAAAGCUGUGUGUUUCAUAGGAAUUGACAGUGCAUUGUUCUAUGUCCCUUCUUUUGGACAUUGAAACCCAAUUCUGAUCUUAUAUUGAGAUGAAAAAUCUUGUUGUUGUUCAUCAGUGGAAUCUGUAAUGGCCUUGAGAAGAAGAAGAGGUAUUCUUUUCUGUGCUUCAUGAACUCUAUCUCUAUGAGAAACUUUUUUAAAAGAAGAAAAAUA